AUGGAGCCACAAAGGAAGCCAUACCGAUUCCUUAUAAUCAACCCAAACACGUCAACUCAUAUGACCGAUGCCCUCAAACCAAUAGUCAACGGGGUAAACUUCAGGGGUAAAUCGGCUGUAGAGAUCUAUAGUGGGGGAAACGGACUCUCCGGCGAGCUCUCGGCGGUUCAAUUUGACUAUUUCACAGCUCCCAAGGAGCCAACCGUCACGAAGGAUGGAGAUAUCCUCAAGGGCAUACCGAGUAUAAACAACGGCAAGCAAUCAGUACUGUCCGCCGAGCACUGCUUCCCGCAUCUCCAGCCGCUGGUAGGAGAGUAUGACGGUUUUCUGGUUGCUUGUUACUCUCCGCAUCCACUGGUCGGUAUGCUAAGGAAAGCAAUUGACGAGCGCAACGAAAAGCUUGAACGUGAAGCUACCGGCCAGACGACGCAGUUCCAAAGACAACGGCAGUAUGUGACUAGCAUCAUGGAUGCAAGCAUAGAGAUGAGCGCGUAUUUUGCCAAUUUGAACGGCGCGGACAUCGAUAGGCAGUGUUCUCCGGGCCAAUUUGGAAUCGUCACCACGGCAGACGAGUGGAAGGAAGAGUUCGACAACGCAGCGAGAGAGAUGCUGCUGUCCAGCGGAAGGGAUCCUGACUUGAUAUUCGCGGGUGUCGAGACAACAGGGCUCACGGCUGGCGAAUUGCACAGCGCUCCGGCGGAGCAGGUCAGGUCCCGUAUCAAGGGUGCGACUGAACGCCUGAAGGACAGCGCAGGCCCGUCACUGCGGGUGAUUUCUAUGGGGUGCGCAGCUAUGGCCGGGAUGGAAGAAGCUGUUCUCGAGGGCUUCGAUGAGAGCCAGGGGGUUGUCGUAGUCGAUGGGACUGCUGCUGGCGUCGCUGUCUUGCUUGGGCUGUGUAGAGCUAGUAGCUAG